UCACAGCUCAGAUUACAGGCUAACUCUCAUCCAGAAACAUUACAUUUAAUUAACAUAAAAUAAACCAUCUGUACAUGAAUACAACUCAGAAUGGAGCGAGGACUCAUCUGGAUGAAGUGUUUUCUGACUGUAUGAAGGUAGAAGGUGUGUGUGAGCUGAUGUGAAUCCAGCAGCAUGGAUCAGUGUGAGGACAGAGAGGAGGGAGUCCUUCCCUCCAAAACCUCCCAGAGGGGGAAAAAAAGAGUUGGAGAGAGUCUGAGAGAAGAAAAGAGGAGACGACGUCGUCCUGGACUUGGACCUGGACUUGGAUCUGGAUCUGGACCUGGACCUGAACCUGGACCUGGACCCAGCUGUGUUUCCUUGAAGAGUGAUGCAUCAAAAGAUUUUUUCAUCAGUUUUAAAGAUGCUUCUGGUUUUCCUUCAGAGAGGAGACAACCUGGACCUGGACCUGGACCUGGACCUGGACCUGGACCUGGUCCCAGCUUUGUGUCCUUGAAGAGUGAUGCAUCAAAGGAUUUUUUCAUCGGUUUUAAAGAUGCUCCCGGUUUUCCUUCAGAGAGAGUGGACCAGCAGAUCUCAGAGUCCCCCAGUGGUCCGUCUGUCCAGCAGCAUCAGACCCAGCUGGACUCCGUCUUUCAGCUGCUGGAGGACGACAUCAUCAUGUUUGUGAAGGACGAGCUGAAGAAGAUCCAGAAGGUUCUGAGUCCAGAUUACCCAGAAUCCUCAGACAGUCUGGAGGAGGAUGGAGAUGAAGAGCAGAAGAGCAUCAGAGAGACAUUCAUGGAGAUCACAGUGAAGUUCUUGAGGAGGAGGAAGCAGGAGAAGCUGGCUGACCUCCUGCAGAGCAAUACCGUCGAUGCCGUUUGUCAAUCCAAACUCAAAGUUCAGCUGCAGAAGAAGUACCAGCAUGUGUCUGAGGGGAUCACUAAAGCAGGAAAGACAACCCUUCUGGAGCAGAUUUACACGGAGCUUUACAUCACAGAGGGAGGGACCGGAGAGGUCAAUGAAGAACAUGAAGUCAGACAGAUUGAAGCAGCUUCCAGGAAACCAGAUGGAGCAGAAACAGCCAUCAGACAGGAAGACAUCUUUAAACCCCCACCUGGAAGAGGAGGACCAAUCAGAACGGUGAUGACGAAGGGAGUGGCCGGCAUCGGGAAAACAGUCCUAACACAGAAGUUCAGUCUGGACUGGGCUGAAUGCAGAACCAACCAGGACAUCCAGUUCCUGCUUCCAUUCACCUUCAGAGAGCUGAAUGUGCUGAGAGAGGAGAAGUUCAGCUUGGUGGAACUAGUUCAUCGAUUCUUCUCUGAAACCAGAGGAAUCUGCAGCUUUGAAGAGUUCCAGGUCGUGUUCAUCUUUGACGGUCUGGAUGAGUGUCGACUUCCUCUGGACUUCCACACAUGUACAAUCCUCAGUGACCCCAGAAGUUCCACCUCAGUGGAUGUGCUGCUGACAAACCUCAUCAGGGGGAACCUGCUUCCUUCUGCUCGUCUCUGGAUCACCACACGACCCGCAGCAGCCAAUCAGAUCCCUCCUUACUGUGUCUCCAUGGUGACAGAAGUCAGAGGGUUCACUGACCCACAGAAAGAGGAAUACUUCAGGAAGAGGUUCAGAGAAGAGGAGAAGACCAGCAGGAUCAUCUCCCACCUCAAGACAUCACGGAGCCUCCACAUCAUGUGCCACAUCCCAGUCUUCUGCUGGAUCACUGCUACGGUACUGGAGAACGUCCUGGAGAAAGUCCUGGAAACCAGAGAGGGAGGGGAGCUGCCCAAGACCCUGACUGAGAUGUACAUCCACUUCCUGGUGGUCCAGGCCAAAGUGAAGAAGGUCAAGUAUGACGGAGGAACUGAGACGGAUCCACACUGGAGUCCAGAGAGCAGGAAGAUGGUGGAGUCUCUGGGAAAACUGGCUUUUGAGCAGCUGCAGAAAGGAAACCUGAUCUUCUAUGAACCAGACCUAAGAGAGUGUGGGAUCGAUGUCAGAGAGGCUUCAGUGUACUCAGGAGUGUUCACCCAGAUCUUUAGAGAGGAGAGCAGCCUGUACCAGGACCAGGUCUUCUGCUUCAUCCAUCUGACCGUCCAGGAGUUUCUGGCUGCUCUUCAUGUCCAUCAGACCUUCAUCAGCUCUGGAGUCAACCUGCUGGGAGAUCAACUAACAACUCACCCUUCUUCAACCGGUUUCUAUCAGACACCUGUGGACUGGACCUUACAGAGUCCAAACGGACAUCUGGACUUCAUCAACUCUGGAGUCAACCUGCUGGGAGAUCAACAAAAAACUCACCCUUCUUCAACAGGCUUCUAUCCGACAGCUGUGGACUGGACCUUACAGAGUCCAAACGGACACCUGGACUUGUUCCUGCGCUUCCUCCUGGGUCUUUCAGUGGAGACCAAUCAGAACCUUCUACGAGGUCUGAUGACAUCAAACCAAAUAAGAUCACAGAACAAUCAGGAAACUAUCAAAUACAUCAAGGAGAGAAUCAGUGAGGACCUGUCUGCAGAGAGAAGCAUCAACCUGUUCCACUGUCUGAAUGAACUGAACGAUCGGUCUCUGGUGGAGCAGGUCCAACAGUAUCUGGGGUCUGGAAGUCUCUCCACAGAUAAACUGUCUCCUGCUCAGUGGUCGGCUCUGGUCUUCAUCUUACUGUCAUCAGGAGAUCUGGAGGUGUUUGACCUGAAGAAGUUCUCAGCUUCAGAGGAGGCUCUACGGAGGCUGCUGCCGGUGGUCAAAGCCUCCAAGAAAGUUCUACUGAGUGGCUGUAACCUCUCAGGGAACAUCUGUCCACUUCUGUCCUCAGUUCUCAGCUCUCAGUCCUCCAGUCUGACAGAACUGGACCUGAGCAACAACGACCUGCAGGAUUCUGGACUGAAGCAGCUGUGUCCUGGACUGGAGAGUCCACACUGUAAACUGGAGUCUCUCAGACUGAGUGGCUGUCACCUCUCAGUGGACAUCUGUCCACUUCUGUCCUCAGUUCUCAGCUCUCAGUCCUCCAGUCUUACAGAACUGGACCUGAGCAACAACCACCUGCUGGAUUCAGGACUGGAGCAGCUGUGUCCUGGACUGGAGAGUCCACACUGUCACCUGGAGUCUCUCAGGCUGUCAGGCUGUCUGAUCUCAGAGGAAGGAAGUUCUUCUCUGGUCUCAGCCCUGACCUCCAACCCAUCCCACCUGAGAGAGCUGGACCUGAGCUACAACCAUCCAGGAGAGUCAGCAGGGAAGCUUCGGUCUGGACUGGAGGAUCCCCGCUGGAGACUGGACAGUCUCAGGGUGGAGCCUGCUGGACAACGAUUUCUGACACCAGGUCUCAGGAAGUAUUCCUGUCAACUCACCGUCGACACAAACACAGUCCACAACAAGAUCAAACUGUCUGAUGACAACAGGAAGAUGAUGUUUGUGGAGGAUCAGUCAUAUCCUGUUCAUCCAGACAGGUUUGAUCUUCCUCAGCUGCUGUGUAGAGAAGUUCUGACGGGUCGCUGUUACUGGGAGGUCCAGUGGAGCAGAGCUGUUUCUGUAUCAGUGAGUUACAGAAGAAUCAGCAGGAGAGGAAACUAUGGUGACUGUAGGUUUGGAGCAAAAGAUAAUUCCUGGAGUCUGGACUGUCAUCCAGGUCGUCGGUACCAAGUCCUUCACAAUAACAGAGACACAUCCAUCACCUCCUCAUCUCCAUGUCCAGACUCUGGCAGAGCAGCAGUGUACGUGGACGUUCCUGCUGGAACUCUGUCCUUCUAUGAAGUCGUCUCUGACAGACUGAUCCACCUCCACACCUUCAACACCAGCUUCACUGGACCUCUCUGUGCUGGAUUUGGAUUCUACUGGUCCAAGUCUAGUUCUGCUUCAGUCUCUCUGUGUCCAGUUUAGUCUCCAGAGUCUCCGGUCAGAGAAGCUGUCUCUGUUGGAUCUUGGACUUGGACUCUGGUUCUGGUUCCUCAGUGUCAUGAUGAUGAUGAUAAUGAUGAUGAUGAUGAUGAUGAUGAUGAUGAUGAUGAUGAUGAUGAUGAAGAUAAUCACCAUUUUUCUUUAACUUUUCGGUUUAUUGUAUUUUUAUUUGAUCUUUUUCAAUUUUAAACACUAAAUAAUUUACUGGAUUGUUGAU